AUGGACGCAGACAACAAGACACUAGCCCAGGACUUUGUCUUGCUGGGCUUCCCGGGGCCCCAGGCCCUCCAGCUGUCCCUCUUCUCAUUGUUCCUCGUGAUGUAUGUCCUCACAGUGGGUGGGAAUGUGGCCAUCCUGGUGCUCGUGGGUACCGCCCCCCAGUUACACACUCCCAUGUACUUCUUUCUGAGCAACCUCUCUUUCCUGGAGAUCUGGUAUACCACCGCCGUAGUCCCCAAAGCCCUGGCCGUGCUGUUGGGGAGGAGCCAGGACAUAGGGUUCCCCAGCUGCCUCCUGCAGAUGUACCUGGUCUUCUCCUUAGGCUGCACAGAGUACUUCCUCCUGGCUGUCAUGGCAUACGACCGCUACCUGGCUGUCUGCUACCCGCUGCACUACGGGGCCAUCAUGAGCAGCCUGCUCUCCUUGAGGCUGGCCCUGGGCUGCUGGGCCUGUGGCUUCCUGGCCAUCGUGGCACCCACUGCCCUCGUCAGCAGCCUGUCCUUUUGCGGCCCCCAUGCCAUCAACCACUUCUUCUGCGACAUCGCGCCCUGGAUCGCCCUGGCCUGCUCCAGCACACAAGCCGUGGAGAUCGUGGCCUUCGUGAUCGCCUGUGUGGUCAUCCUGAGUUCAUGCCUCAUCACCCUGGUCUCCUACGUCUACAUCAUCAGCACCAUCCUCAGGAUCCCCUCGGCCAGUGGCCAGAGCAAGGCCUUCUCCACGUGUUCCUCCCACCUCACUGUGGUCCUCCUGUGGUACGGGUCCACCAUCUUCCUGCAUGUGCGAACCUCCAUCAAGGAUGCCCUGGACCUGAGCAAGGCCAUCCACAUCCUGAACACCGUGGUGACCCCCGUUCUCAACCCCUUCAUCUACACGCUCCGGAACAAGGAGGUGAGGGAGAGUCUGCUGAGAAAGUGGAAAGGAGGUAAACUCCCCACGGUGUGA